UGCAUCGUUAGCGUCUUUUCAGGCAGUCGGUCGCGCUAUCACUCACUCCCUCUCUCUGGAUAUCUCCACCUCCGUACCUUGCUCUCUUUAUCUCCCUCUUACUCACCGCGCGCAGCACAUCUCUCCGCGCACCAGGCUUUAUUCGAGACACGUUGUGGAAAACGGCUUUUUAAAAUGUCUGUAUCUUCUUUAUUCCCCGUAGGAAUGUAGUUUGGGGGAAUAAAUGCGAACGUUUUUGAGUGUAGGCAAACAUUCCAAGAGAAUGCGAAGAUCUUACUCCCCCAGAAAUACCUGACAAGCGUCGAAACAGGAGCAAACUCACCUUUCCAAUAGUCUAGACUUCAUGCACAGCAGCCUUUCAUUCAGCGCGAGGCGUUUUGGAAAAAGCUUUUGGGAUUCAGCAGAAUCAUCGAAUAUGUGGACUGCAGAGUUGAGACAACUGAAUGUUUUACGUUAGAAAGCCAUCGCAUUUUCACACAGUCGCCGUGGCGCUGAACGAGAAGAGAACGGAAAACAAUCGCUGAUCGACGUGCCAAUUAAAUCUGCGGUUCGCCUCGAGAUCUAACGGCGCUGGCGCGUACCGUGGGCGGCAUACAUGUGUAUCUUUUGAAGAACUGCCAGCGCGAGGAGAACAACGUUCCCAACACUGCGAGCACAGAGAGAUUUCCACUGCACCGCUACGGCAGCGCGCUGUGCUGAGGCGCUCUCACUCGCUGCCCCGUACCGCGCCACAUCAGCACAAGAGGAGAGGAACAGUCGGGACGAAACGGGAUACCACCCCAAAAAAUACGCCUACGGUUCUGUGUCAGGAGGAAGUCUCGUCCGCCCCUCCACCUGUGCCGUCGUUAAGGGAACGGAUCGCCCACCCGUUUUUGGGAAGAGUAACCCUCCGGGGAGACGCCCCCACCCUCCCGCUCCGCCUCUCCGUCCCCGGGCGGCGUCAGAGCCUCCGUCCUGCCAUGUGCGACCCGCGCGGGGGUAAACCCAGCCGCUAUUAGCACCCCCGGCAUCGAUCGCACGUGUCCCGCGGGGCAGAGCGCGAUUCACGCCAGUUCCUCGCGCGCUGAAAGGAACGUGCGGGGGUGAAGACUGGUCAGAUUCCCAUAUCACAGAGAGAGAGAGAGAAAGAGACUGAGAGAGAGUGUGUGAAUAUCACACACGCAAAGCGGGGGAAUCCACUUAGUGACAGACAGGAGUGUGACGGGGAGAGAGAGAGAGAGAGACAGAAAGAGGAGUGAAUCUCGCCGCCCGCUGCUCCCGCUCAGCCAUGCCAGGACCCCGCCUCCCCUUGCUCUCGGCUCCGCCCUCCUUCCGCCUCCCUCUCUUCCUCAUCCUCCUCUUCCUCUUCCUCCUGCUGGGACCGCUCCCCCUGGCCCGAGCGAGCCCCGAGCCCGACCCCACCCCCGGCCACCCCUCCAACUGUUCGAGCGGGGACCCCUGCUCGGACGGGGUGGUCCUGCCCAUGUGGAACCCCCAGAACCCGUCGGCGGGGGACAAGGUGGCCCGGGCCAUCGUGUACUUCGUGGCGCUCAUAUACAUGUUCCUGGGCAUGUCCAUCAUCGCCGACCGCUUCAUGUCGUCCAUCGAGGUCAUCACCUCGCAGGAGCGCGAGAUCACCAUCAAGAAGCCCAACGGCGAGACGGCCAGUGCCACCGUGCGCGUCUGGAACGAGACCGUGUCCAACCUCACGCUCAUGGCCCUGGGCUCCUCCGCCCCCGAGAUCCUGCUGUCCGUCAUCGAGGUGUGCGGACACAAGUUCGAGGCGGGCGAACUGGGGCCCAGCACCAUCGUGGGCAGCGCCGCCUUCAACAUGUUCGUCAUCAUCGCGCUGUGCGUCUACGUGGUGCCCGACGGCGAGACGCGCAAGACCAAGCACCUGCGCGUCUUCUUCGUCACGGCCGCCUGGAGCAUCUUCGCCUACAUCUGGCUCUACCUGAUCCUGUCGGUGUUCUCGCCCGGCGUGGUGGACGUGUGGGAGGCCGUGCUCACCUUCCUCUUCUUCCCGCUCUGCGUGCUGCAGGCCUGGAUCGCCGACCGCCGCCUUCUCUUCUACAAGUACGUCCACAAGCGUUACCGCGCCGACAAGAGCCGCGGCAUCAUCGUCGAGUCGGAAGGCGACGGGGCUCUCGCCACCAAGAUGGACGUGGAGAUGGACGGCGGCCUCAACUCCCACAAGGAGGCGCUGGACGGGAUGCUGGGCGGGGCCGAGGAAGGAGGGGGCGGACCUGGGAGCCCGGGCGGGCGGGACCUGGAGGACGAGGCGCGGCGGGACAUGGCCCGGACCCUGAAGGAGCUCAAGCAGAGGCACCCGGAGAAGGACAUGGAGCAGCUGAUCGAGAUGGCCAACUACCAGGUGCUGGUGCAGCAGCAGAAGAGCCGGGCCUUCUACCGCAUCCAGGCCACGCGCAUGAUGAUCGGCGCGGGGAACAUCCUGAAGAAGCACGCGGCCGACCAGGCCCGCAAGGUGGUGAGCUGCCACGAGGCCUGCGCCCAGGAGCACGACCCCAACACCAUCCUGCUGGAGUUCCAGCACGCGCACUACCAGUGCUUCGAGAACUGCGGCUCCCUCACCGUUGCCGUCCUGCGCCACGGGGGCGACCUCGGCUGCUCCGUCAAGGUGGAUUUCCGCACGGAGGACGGCACGGCGAACGCGGGUUCGGACUACGAGUUUGCGGAGGGCACGCUGCUGUUCAAGGCGGGCGAGACGCUGAAGGAGCUGACGGUGGGCGUGAUCGACGACGACAUCUUCGAGGAGGACGAGUACUUCCACGUGCACCUGAGCAACCCGCGCGUGGCGGGCCGGUCCGAGCACCCGCCCCCGGAGCCGGGCGGCAUCGCCGCGGGAAACAGCCUGCUGGGCGGCCCCGCCUCCUCCCUGCUGGCCCCGCCCAAGGCCGCGCUGGGCCCCGCCCACUCCACCACCGUCACCAUCUACGACGACGACCAUGCGGGCAUCUUCACGUUCGACGGCGCGUCGGCGCGCGUGAGCGAGAGUGUGGGCACCAUGCAGGUGAAGGUGCUGCGUACCUCGGGCGCCCGCGGCAAGGUGGCGCUGCCCUACCACACCCAGGAGGGCACCGCCAAGGCCGGGGAGGACUACGAGGAAAUCGCCGGCAAGCUGGAGUUCCUGAACGACGAGACCAUGAAAAUGAUAGAGAUAAAGAUCAUAGAUGAUGAGGAGUAUGAGAAGAACAAAACCUUCACCAUUCAUUUGGGCGAGCCCAUCCUGCUGGAGAUUGGACAGAAGCAUGGGGACACCAAUGAGAACAAGCUGCCGGUGGGGGCCGAGGAGGAGGAGGUGGCCAAGAUGGGCUGCCCGAGCCUGGGGGAGCACACAAACCUGGAGGUGGUGAUCGAGGAGUCUUACGAGUUCAAGAACACGGUGGAUAAGCUGAUAAAGAAGACUAACCUGGCUCUGGUGGUGGGGAGCAGCAGCUGGAGAGAGCAGUUUGUCAGCGCUGUCACAGUCAGUGCAGGUGAUGAUGACGAAGAGGAGAGCGGUGAGGAGCGGCUGCCGUCGUGCUUCGACUACAUCAUGCACUUCCUGACGGUGUUCUGGAAGGUUCUGUUCGCCUUCGUGCCGCCCACGGAGUACUGGAACGGCUGGGCCUGCUUCAUGGUGUCCAUCUCGCUGAUCGGCGUGCUGACGGCCGUCACCGGCGACCUGGCGUCCCACUUCGGCUGCACCAUCGGCCUCAAGGACUCCGUCACCGCCGUGGUGUUCGUGGCCCUGGGGACCUCUGUGCCUGACACCUUUGCCAGUAAGGUGGCAGCGAUCCAGGACCAGUACGCCGACGCGUCCAUCGGGAAUGUGACGGGCAGCAACGCGGUCAACGUCUUCCUGGGCAUCGGCGUGGCCUGGACCAUCGCCGCCGUGUACUGGCACAGCCAGGGGAAGCAGUUCCGGGUCAACCCAGGGUCGCUGGCCUUCUCGGUCACGCUGUUCACGGUAAUGGCAGUGCUGAGCGUGCUGGUGCUCCUGUACCGCCGGCGCCCCUCAGUGGCGGGGGGGGAGCUGGGCGGCCCCCGCACCUGCAAGCUGCUCACCUCUCUGCUCUUCAUCUCGCUCUGGCUCCUCUACAUCCUGCUGGCCUCUCUGGAGGCUUACUGCCAUGUGCCAGGGUUCUGAGACACGCCCACAAUCCUUUCCUAUAAGCCCUGCCCAUAAGCCCCACCCAGUGCCCUACCCAUAAGCCCCGCCCAUAAGCCCCGCCCAAUGCCACACCCACAAUCCCCUCCUAUAAUCCCCACCCCAACGCCCUGCCCAUAAGCCCCACCCAAUGCCCCGCCCACAAUCCGCUGCUCACGCUCCACUUCCUGCGCUCAACUGCCCCAUCCUGCCCCCUCUUACCCAUUCUCACCUCCUCCUGCUCCCACAAUAAAACACCCCCUCUAGUGGGCAUGUCAUGAAGCUCACUCCCUGACCCCCCCCCACACACACCUCCUUUCCUCCACGAGACAGCCAUGCACAGUCUUUAGACGAUGGGAAGUUGGGGGAGGGGUUUGAUUUCUUAAUUUCCCCACCCUGCUGACGCAAUGUCACUGCCGCCACACCCCCCCCCCCCCCCA